AAUUUCAAGCAUUAUUUUUGACAACUGCCUUCUGCUGAAUGUUCACUGGGUGAAACUGAAGGUCCUCAGAAGAAAUAAAUCAAGAAGAACCUGUGCCUUACGUCCUUCCCAGCUGCUGUGGAUGGCCCUGACUCUCUUAACUGCCCUUCCCAGUAGGAUGUCACUGAGAUCCCUCAAAUGGAGCCUUCUGCUGCUGUCUCUCCUGAGUUUCCUCGUGAUGUGGUACCUCAGCCUUCCCCACUAUAACGUGAUAGAGCGUGUGAACUGGAUGUACUUCUAUGAGUAUGAGCCAAUUUAUAGACAAGACUUUCGCUUUACACUUCGAGAGCAUUCAAACUGCUCUCAUCAAAACCCAUUUCUGGUCAUCCUAGUGACCUCGCACCCCUCAGAUGUGAAAGCCAGGCAGGCCAUUAGGGUUACUUGGGGUGAAAAGAAGUCUUGGUGGGGAUAUGAGGUUCUUACAUUUUUCUUACUAGGCCAGCAAGCUGAAAGGGAAGACAAAAUGUUAGCGUUGUCCUUAGAAGAUGAGCACCUUCUUUAUGGUGACAUAAUACGACAAGAUUUUUUAGACACAUAUAACAACCUGACCUUGAAAACUAUUAUGGCGUUCAGGUGGGUAACUGAGUUUUGCCCCAAUGCCAAGUACAUCAUGAAGACAGACACUGACGUUUUCAUCAAUACUGGUAAUUUAGUGAAGUAUCUUUUAAAUUUAAACCACUCAGAGAAGUUUUUCACAGGUUAUCCUCUCAUUGAUAAUUACUCCUACAGAGGAUUUUACCAGAAAAACCAUAUUUCAUACCAGGAGUAUCCUUUCAAGGUGUUCCCUCCCUACUGYAGUGGGCUGGGUUAUAUAAUGUCCAGAGAUUUGGUGCCAAGGAUCUAUGAAAUGAUGGGUCAUGUAAAACCCAUCAAGUUCGAAGAUGUUUAUGUCGGGAUCUGUUUGAAUUUGUUAAAAGUAGACAUUCAUAUUCCAGAAGACACAAACCUUUUCUUUUUAUAUAGAAUCCAUUUGGAUGUCUGUCAACUCAGACGUGUGAUCGCAGCCCAUGGCUUUUCUUCCAAGGAAAUCAUCACAUUUUGGCAGGUUAUGCUAAGGAACACCACAUGCCAUUAUUAACUUUAYACUCUACCAAAAAUCUAGAGAAGGGCAGGAUGCUUUGUGGAAAAGUCUUAAAGUUGGUGCUGUGGAGAACUCAUGGAAAAGUCAGUGUGCUGGCUCACACUGAACUGAGAUCAUGGAGAACCCGUAGAUUGGAGGGCCACACAYUACUAGUGAUUUAUUUUGACAAAAUUCAAGUCAAUUCCCUUAAAAGUGGUAUUCAGAGGAAUUAAACGUCUUAUAGAGGAAUCAGGUUUUUGCCUGAAAGUUAAUAGGGCCAAACAUUGAACAUGUCAUUCUAUAGACUAGAAUUUCUUAAAAGGGUUUCCUUAAUUAUAAGCUCAUUAGUCCGUAACAGCAAAGCAGUGUGGAGUUCUAUUUAUUGAACAGUUUAGUCACUUAAGGGUUUAAUGUGUAUCUUACAUGGGUUACCAAUUUUUAAAAACUAUAUAGUUAUGUGUAAAAAAAAAACUUCACUGACAUUAUACUGAACAAAAUUAAUUAUAUCUGKUUUUGGUCAUUCAGAAGGCACUUAAAGAUGUUGCGGUAUUUUGGAGUUACCAGUUAUUAUUUAAUGUUACUUCAAACUUYCUGGGUGUUUAAAUGUUAUUAUGGUGGUUUCAAUACUGUAUAAUAGAAUAGUGAAUCAAUUUUUAUAUUUGAGCUUUGUUCCAGUUACUUCAUUGAUCAGUUUAUUAUUGAUAGCCCCAUUAAUGUGAAAGUCAUAGGUCAUUUAUUGAGUAUCAGUACUCUGUUGGACUUCAUUUUAUAUUUUACUGUGGCAAUGUAAAGAAUAAUUAAAGCAAGAAAAUCUGA